AUGCUGAAAUGGGCCCCCUGCUUCUUGCACCGUUGGGCAAUAGCCCUUGGGACUCCUCAACCUUCUGCCUGGAAAUCUUCACUUCCCAGGACGGGCCCCAAAACUAUUACAAAGCCCCCCACGCCUCCACAUCUAUCGCUAAAUUUGGAUGACGGGAAGGUUUUUCGCCUCAAAAGCAAUUGGGAACUGGCCCGUGGAUUGCUGGUGUUCCUGCUCUGCUCUUCUCCAAGGCUGGUUCAGAAAGCACCCACGCUUCUUUCCAUCUCCCGACGGAUUUUGGGGCAACGGCUAUGGAGCUCAAUCCUCCGACUCACACUGUAUGGACAGUUUGUAGCCGGCGAAACCCAAGGAGAGAUCAAGGAAACAUUGCAACGGCUGCAGGGUUUGGGGGUACGCCCUCUCCUCGCAGUCCCUAUAGAGGAAGAUGUGGGGCAGGCAAGGGAUGGAGAAGAGUGGUAUGAGAAGAAUACCCACUCCAUGCUGACCUGCCUGGAUUUGUCGGUGGGGGGUGCUACAAAUCCCAUGAUGCAGCUCAAGGUGACCGCAUUAAUGGCAGCUGAGUUGUGCAAAACCAUUACUUUACAUCUACAAGAGCAAAGCGGAAAAUCGGAUCUGAGCUUAGAGAGAGUGGUGUCUGCCAUGAAAGGAGAAGACCUCAAUUUUGGCUGCCUGACCCAAGAAGAGAACCAGCAUUUCCAAAGAUCUUUGCGUCGGCUCAAUUCUGUAGCACGGUACGCUGUGGAAAAAGGAGUGCGUGUUCUGGUGGAUGCAGAAUAUACCUAUGUGAACCCUGCCUUGACACUUGUUACAAUGGCAAUGAUGGCUUCCUGGAACACACAGCAUCCAUGGAUAUGGAACACAUAUCAGGCAUAUCUCAAGGACACACUAGAUCGGUUGACUCGAGAUGUGUCCCUCACUGAACACCUGGGUGUCUGUUUUGGAGUGAAGCUGGUACGGGGUGCGUAUUUGGAGAAGGAGUGGAAUCUGGCAAAGGAAAAGGGGUACCCUGAUCUCGUGCAACCCAACUGGGAGGCUACCAAUGAUAGUUACCAACGCUGUUUAGAUUUCAGUUUGGAUCAAGUGUCUAAAGCCAGAGGGAGCUUUGAGCUGAUUGUGGCGACGCAUAACGAAGCCUCGGUGAUGCAUGCUGUCCAGAGGUCAGGCAGGCUAUGCCAUCUACAAAUCUAUCCCUUAUGGAUCAGUGGAAGAGGUGAUCCCGUACCUGAUCCGCCGUGCUCACGAGAACCAGAGUGUCCUGCAAGGCAUCAGGAAGGAACGCAAUCUGUUACGCUCAGAGCUGCGCAGACGGAUCUUGAGAAGACCUUGAGGAAAUCUAAAUAUCCCCAAAGAAGUGUCCCACUCCCCCCCCCUCCAUCCUGA